AGCAGUAAAUGGUGAAGUCCUCACCCUCGAAGGAGAGCAAUAGAGGGCGGAAUCCAGGAGAAGCAAGCCGCACUUCAGGAACAAGCAAGUCGGCGCAAAAACCAGGAAAUCAGCGUGUGGGAAAAGAUUUAAAAAAAAAAAGAAAAUUAUCAGUAGUAUUUUCGACCCGCCCACGGCACGCUUUUGGCUCAGGAACCUGCAGAGCCUGUCUGAACCUGCCACCAACAGCAGGUUUAGUGGAGAAAGACGUGUAGCGUGCAAUGGCUCUGUUGACCCUGCACAGGAUCCCAUCCAUCGCCACUGAUCCAGAUGAAAGCCUCCAAAGAAGAGGGAGACUUCAGAAAAGGGAGAGCUUUGCCCUUGUGAAGGGGGCUGUCCUCCUGCUGGAGGAUGGCAAGAGAGAGGGGCUUCAGGAGGAGGCUUCUCCCAUCAAGCAAGGAGUCGACGCUUCAAGCACACGACACAGACAACUCCAUGCCAUGUUUGAACUGCUCAGACCAGAAGAUACCAUAAAGCUGGCGGUGCAGCUGGAGUCAGUCAGCACGGUCAGAGUCAGGUAUCUGAUCGUCGUCUCCACCCUCAAUAGCAAACAGGAGAGCAUCCUGCUCGGCAUGGAUUUCCCCAACUCAGACAGUGAUCAGUGCACCAUUGGCCUGGUUCUGCCGAUAUGGAGCGACACACAGGUGUAUCUGGACGGAGAUGGCGGUUUUAGCGUGACCACGGCAGAAGAGACCAGAAUUUUUAAGCCUGUUUCCAUGCAGACCAUGUGGUCAGUGCUGCAGGUGUUGCAUGGCUGCUGCGAGCGGGCAGUCAAGGCAGUGUUAAUCCCAGGCUCAGGUCUAGAGUGGGCGCAGCACUAUCAGCAGCACAUAGAAUCUGACCGUUUCUGCCUCAACGAGUGGGAGGCCAUGAAUGACCUGGAGUCAGUCAGGAAGGACAUUGAUGGACAGAGCUCGGCAGACAGAAAUUCCAAUGAGAGGCUGAUCAAGGAGCACCUGAGAGACAUCAUGAGAACUGAAGAUCUGGACAACCUAACGUCUAAAAUGGUGCACUCUGCCCUGGAGACCAGAAUAGGCUUUGAUGUGAGACCAUUCAAGGAGUACAUUGAUAAUGAAAUCCUGGUCACCAUGGCUCAGAUGGACAAACCAUCCAAGAUAUUUGACUACCUUUACCUGGGCUCAGAGUGGAAUGCAGCUAACUUUGAGGAGUUACAGAAAAACAAUAUUGGCUACAUUCUGAAUGUGACGAGGGAGAUCGACAACUUUUUCCCAGAGUCCUUCAAUUACAUGAACAUCAGAGUGUACGAUGUGGAGGCCACUGACCUGCUACCCCACUGGACAGACACAUUCAACUUUAUCAACACUGCAAGGAAGAGCGGGCAGGGGGUGUUGGUGCACUGUAAGAUGGGCGUGUCUCGCUCUGCAUCCACUGUGAUCGCCUACGCCAUGAAGCAGCAACACUGGCCACUGGAUGUGGCGUUGGGCUUUGUUAGAGAGUGCCGGUCCAUUGUCAAGCCCAAUGAAGGCUUCAUGAAGCAGCUCCAGACCUACAAUGGUAUCCUCAACGCAAGCCAGCAGCGUCACAGCGCACUCUGGAGGCGAAAGUCAAGAGACCAAAGGCAGAAGUCAGUGCACAAACAGAGGGGAGAGGGAGAGGGAAAGCAAGAAGAAGAAGAAGAAGAAGAGGAAGAAGAGGAGGAUGAGGGACUUGAUGAGGAGGAGGAGGAGGACGAUGAUGGUGUUGACAGUCCAAUUGAGAAAGAUGAUUCAGAGGAAGAGACAGAGGUGUUUGUAGGACCCGCCUCAAAAUCUGAUACCAACCAGGAACCUGAGCCGACAACGGCAUCAUGCGUCGGUCCCAUCAUCACAGUAAAUGAACCAGAAAAGGUGGCUUCAAGUGUUAAUCGCAGUGGCAGGAUGAAUCUCUUCUCCCUCAUGCAGUCCAUCAGUGAACUAGAUGAUGAGGAUAAAGGACGUGGACAGCUUCCUGGUAGUCCGAGGCGAUCUCCGGGACAGCGGAGGCGUAGCCACGGGCGACGGGGUCUGAUUCAUCAGAGAGCAUGCGUGGAUGUUUCACCUGAACCAAGAAGUCUGCCAGAGGCCGCCGGUGAAAGCAAACCCUAAAGCGAUCAAAGAGAUGGAAGAGCACCAGGUGGGGUGGGGAGUUUAAAGAGUGAGAGAGACCUUUAGAGGAGGCAGAGAGGAGGAAGCACCUGAAGGAAUGUGACGUCUGGUAACAUGCCAAGGUUUUUAUACAGUGAUACACUCCUGAUGAGCUUUAUAUUUUAAAUUAUUCACUGAUGAGGAAAGUUUUCAUGUAUUUUUUGCAGGUCCUUUAUCGCAUAUCUCAGUCACAACUGAUUGUUCAUUGUUGCUGAAUGGUUUUUGUACUCCUGCAGUAUUGUGACACCAGUGAAUGGCAGGAUAUCUGAAGUAAUUGUCUGUAAACAUUAUUGUAUAUUUUGGUAAUUCAGUGUUUUUAGAACAUAUCCGACCACAUACAGAUGUACCAGUCUCUCCCUCCAUGUAGGGACCUAUAUCUCUCUCUCUCUAGACAUCCCUCUUCUGCUCUUCACCCAUUCCAGAGAUGAUAUCUAUGCAAUAACUGUUUUCUUUUAUUUUCCUCUUUAAGUAUGAGGCUGUAUGCAGCCAUUUCAAGGUAGGCAGUUUUAAAUGUUUGUCAGAUCCUCUUUUAUCAGAAGUCUUUUUCACGAGACUUGCAUCGCUCACACACAGGAGGAUUUUACUGUAGAUGACUGUAUCUAAGCUGUGCAUCAUGGACCAAGUUAGGGCCAGUUUUAUGGCACACGCCAAACGUUGUAUUCCAAUGUGCCAAUGAAUAUAUUUAAAUUCAAACUCUUUAUCGUGUCAGUAUGUCAAGAACCCAUUUUUUUUAUUUUCAUUCCUUCUACUUUAACACCAGGGCUGUAUGAGUGCCUUCAACCUGAGAAUGAAAUAUAAUCUAUGACUGGUGUUUUUAUUGUUUGACUAUGAGGUGGUGCCUGCAUAUUGUAUGUAUAUUGUACUGUUUCUCACUUGUUUUGAUUGCAGUAUAUAAGUUUUUGCACGUAUGCAUAAAUGCAGCAUACAUGUAUCGACACAUAAUUGCUGAGGAACUGGGUGCAUGUUUUGUGUUUUCAUACCAACUUGUAAGAGCAAAUUGUUCAGGGGUUUCCUCAUUUAUUUAUAUUGACACUUGGAUCAAGGUAAAUUAUUAUGGAAUUAUGAUGCUGAUGUGGAAUAUUCUUAUUUCAUGCUGGCAUUACUUCUUUUUAUCCAGUUCAACCAGGCUAAAGCUAAUUUAAUUCAACCUGCAUGGUCACAGUUAAAGAAAACAUGCACUUUAUAAUCCCACAUCACACAGUUCCCACUGCCUGAGCCAAUGUCACGCUGUAUUAUGAUCAAAAUGAUCCUUUUUUAUCUGUAGGCCUUGAUGUGUUAAACUCUCCACUGUCUACACCUCACUCUUGUUUACAACAAGCACUAUGAGUGAAAAAUAAAUGAUUAUACCCA